AUGCCGUCCUUCAGCUCGACGGCGACCCUCCUCGCCCUCGCGGCCACCUCGGCCCUGGCCCUGGUCCCGACCUCCGCCAAGUCCGACCUCGACGGCUCCGUCUGGAAGGCCCUCGAGGGCCAGUCCCCCGCCGUCGUCGGCCCGCAGCGCCGCAACCGCCCCGUCAAGCGCCAGUCCGGCUGGAACCCGCCCGCCGCGCUCGCGGCGCCGCUCGCCGAGGUCUGGGACCACUGCGAGAAGACGUACGACGGCAGCAUCGAGAGCUACAAGGGCUGGGGCUGGGACCAGGUCGUCGCCAACAACGGCUCCCUCAACAUCUGCGUCCGCUGGGACUCGACCGCCCCGGUCACCGCGGCGCAGCGCACCAAGAUCGCCAGCGUCUACGCGGCGCAGUACCAGAAGUGGUUCAAGUGGGCCUACGGCUUCGACGGGUUCCCCUACACCAACGUCGACGUCAACGUCGUCGGCUGGGCCGUCCGCGACGCGGCGCUGUUGCAGGGGUCCACGGACGGCAUCGACGUCUACACGACCUACAAGGACCCGGACGGCGUGCCCGCGUGCGCCGUCGGCUGCGAGCGCUCGGCACACGUCGACGGGGACUUUAGCGGCUGCGAGGCGGGCGAGGGCCGGCACUUUGACCAGUCGCUGUGGCUGACGGACGGGCUCGAGGGCGGGUUCGGGUCGUACUGGGGGCAGCAGAUCGGGCGGGAGUAUCUGCUGAACAACAUCGACUCGGAGAACGUCCAUAUCCUUCUGCACGAGAUGAACAAGUUCAUCAUGCUCGCGGGCGCCUCGAUGGAGAUCACCGAGUUCGACGGCUGGAUGUACCGCAACUGGUGGUACGAGCUCUCCAAGAACCGCGGCUGGACCAAGUCGACGACCUCGAACUCGGGCGCCGCCGCCUCCGCUUCCGCAUCCGCAUCCGCCUCCGCAUCCGCCGCGCCGAUCGUCAAGGAAAACGCCGCCGCGAGCCCCACUUCGGCACCCGUCGCGACUUCUGCUCCCGCCGUCACCCCCGCCCCCGCCCCCGUUGAGCAAUCCGAUGCCGAGGACUCAGACGCCGCCGAGUCCGGUGUCACCCUCGGCAGGUGGGCGCAGUGCGGUGGAAGCGGGUACACCGGCGCGACUGCCUGCGCCGCCGGACUGACCUGCACCAAGACCAACCAGUGGUACUCGCAGUGUCUGUGA